GUUAGUAUGUACGUGCAGUUGCUUGUAUGUGUGUGUGUUUUACAUAGUGGAUUUUUAUUUCCAAUAAUGUGCCUAUUGUUGUUUGCGACGGAAGUUAGGUUACGCUCCAGUUAAAGGGCUGUUUUUAGCGAAUGGACGGACUGAAUUAAUCGAACGCGAGGAGGCAACAGGCCUGAUGUGCGUUGAAUUGGACGUAACGAUUAUCUAUAAUUAAAGUAUGCAGCAGAAGAAAUGGACGUGAAAGUUGACGUUGAAUACUGUGGUUCGUGCGGGCACAAGAAACAAUUUCUUGAGUUGGCGGAGGAAAUAAAAAAGAACGUACCCAAUGCUACCGUAGCCGGUGCUGAAGGAAGACAAGCUUCUUUUGAAGUACAAGUCAAUGACGAACUGGUGUAUUCAAAGCUUCAAACGCUAGCGUUUCCUGACUUUGCUGCAGUUGCAGACAUGAUCAAGGAUGUAUCCGCGGGUAAACCAGUGAGAAAGAUUGAUCAACAACAGCCUGUAGACUGUGUAUUGCUAUAAACGUUUUUAUUACAAAUCAGGUACAAUCGUAUCAUUCAUGUAAAAUUUGUUAUAUUGAUAUGUAUGAGUUUAUAUAAAUUUGCUAAAGGCUUAUAAUAGAA